AUGCCACAUAUUGAAAUUAUUCCGGAACUUUACCACGAAAAUUUGUGGAAAUAUAAAGCGGAAGGAAACGAAAAUAUCGUUCUAACGUUCAUCGGAAAGGAUGAGAAAUUUUUUGGAACAGUUCUUCGACUUCGUAAGGAAAGUAUUAGUAACGAAGAUGUCAGUAUUGAUCAUGUAAAUUCUUUCGAAAGUCAAGCUUAUAUAAAACUUUACACUUCUUCUGUCGUCGGGUCCCUUCUCGGUGACGAUUAUAUUGGUAAAUCUAUAUUGUUGGAGGUCCCUAAAACUUUUCUGAAGGCGUUGUCAAAAGCUAUCCUUCCUAUGCGCCCCAACAAUCGAAGAGAUAAAGAUAUCGAUUUCAACCAACUCUAUGGUAUAUUAACAUCUGAUCAUACGACAUUCGCUUCAGAUACAAAACCUACAUUAUCUUUAGAGCUUAAG